AUGGCCGCAGGAGGAAGUUACAAUGCCCCCUCUGCGGAGGACACCCGUGCAGGGUUUGGUAAAGACACUCAGAUGGACGGGAUAGUUGGUGGCGGUAAUGGAGGAGGUUCAUCAGGUGGAGUCACUGGCACACCUCUGUUUGGAGAUUAUAAGAAACACGAGGACCUCAAGACACUAUUGGACAGCAGUAAAGACCAGUCCAAGCUUGAGGCCAUGAGACUAAUAGUCGGGAUGAUUGCUAAGGGGAAGGAUUGCUCCGAUAUGUUCCCGGCUGUUGUAAAAAACGUCGUCUCUAAAAACUCUGAGAUCAAGAAGCUUGUGUAUGUGUACUUAGUACGCUAUGCAGAGGAGCAACAAGACCUGGCUCUCCUUUCCAUCUCCACCUUCCAGAAAGCUUUGAAGGAUCCUAACCAACUCAUCCGUGCUUCUGCCCUGAGGGUACUGUCGAGUAUUCGAGUGCCGAUGAUUGCUCCCAUCAUGAUGCUCUCCAUCAAGGAGUCAGUGAAUGACAUGUCGCCUUAUGUGAGGAAGACUGCUGCACACGCCAUCCCCAAACUAUUCAGCCUAGACCCGGAGCUCAAGGAUCAGUUGGUGGAAGUAAUUGAGAAGCUGCUCAAAGACCAAACCACGUUGGUGGCUGGUAGUACAGUGAUGGCCUUCCUGACGGUGUGCCCUGAUAGGAUAGACCUCGUGCACAAGAACUAUCGCAAACUAUGCAACCUGUUGGUGGACGUGGAUGAGUGGGGACAAGUGAUGAUACUGAACAUGCUCACACGAUAUGCUCGCUCUCAGUUCAUCGAUCCUAACAAGGAGAAUCUCCAGGAGGCUGCCUUCUACAGUGACGAGGACAAGAUCAGUGAGUCAAGUGAGGAGGACUCCGGGGAUGAGGACGAUGAUGACGAUGAUGAGGAGGGGACAAAGAAGAAAAAGAAACCCAAGAAGAAGCCAUACGUGAUGGACUCGGAUCACCGCCUCUUGCUCAAGAAUGCCAAGCCACUCCUACAGAGCAGGAACUCAGCGGUUGUGAUGGCAGUUGGUCAGUUGUACCAUCACGUUGCCCCUAGCAACGAGAUAGGGAUCGUCGUCAAGCCUCUGAUACGUCUACUCAAGCAUCACACGGAGAUCCAGGUCAUCGUCCUCGGCAACAUCGCCACCAUGUCAGCUGACAGAUCCAACAUGUUUGAGCCGUAUCUGAAGAGUUUUCUUGUCCAUUCUGGAGAUCCACGGAGUGUCAAGCUGCUGAAGCUGGAGAUCAUUGCCAAUAUUGCUGGAGAGACAAGUAUUCACACCAUCCUAAGAGAGUUCAGGACAUACAUAUCCAGCUCGGACAAAGUGUUUGCAGCAGCAGCCAUUCAUGCGAUUGGUCGAUUAGCUUGUAGCAUUGCCGACGUGACCGAGACAUGUCUACACGGACUAAUGAGUCUACUAUCUCAUAAAGAUGAGAUAGUGGUGGGUGAGAGUGUCGUGGUGAUCAAGAAGCUACUACAACUGAAACCGAAGGAGAACAAAGAUCUUAUCAUUCAAGUAGCAAAGCUCACAGACAAAGUUGGCGUUCCCAUGGCAAAGGCUAGCAUCUUGUGGCUGGUGGGAGAGUACUGCUCCAUAGUGCCCAAGAUAUCACCUGACGUCCUCAGGAAGGCAGCAAAGAGCUUCACUGAUGAACCUGAUAUUGUGAAGCUGCAAACAAUCAACCUAGCUGCCAAGCUGUGCAUAGCUAAUGCCCGGCAAUCCAAACCACUCUGUCAGUAUGUGCUCAAUCUGGCCAAGUACGAUCAAAACUAUGACAUUAGAGACAGGGCACGGUUCCUACGGCAACUCGUCCUACCAGUUGAGGGCACAGCACUGUCUAAAUAUGCCAAGAAGAUCUUGUUGGCCACCAAGCCAGCACCAGUGCUAGAGUCAGCUUACAAAGGACGCAGUCACUGGCAGCUUGGCUCACUGUCCCACGCCAUCAAUGCUGAUGCAAGUGGGUACAUCCCUCUCCUCCCGUUCCCCUCAGAGGCACCAGACCCAAGCGUGAGAGACGUUGAGGAUGACUCCUUCUGGGCCAAGCGUCCCGACUCAGGCAAGAAGAAGAAGAAAGAAUUCUACAGUGACAGUGACGAGGAGGGGUCUGGUAGCGACGAUGGCAGUGAGUUCUACUCUUCCAUAUCUGGCAGUGAGCUCUCGGGCACAGAGGACUCUGACUCUGACAGCCAAGAAGGAAGUGGGACAGGAAGUGAUGCUGCCAGCGAGAGUGAGGGGGAGGUGUCUGAUGACGAGGGGAGCACCACAGAAGAUGAGGAUGCACUAGAGGGACUACAGAAGAGGUUCGGAGUCACACCCACCACCACCAAGAGAGAGCUCGUUACGAGUUCAUCUGAGGAGACUUCAGAAGAUGAGAGUGGCAGUGAUGAUGAGGGCACAACAGACGUGACCUCCUCGGAAGAGGACACACCUCCUGUACAUAGAGCAAAGCCAACCAAGAAGAAGACCACACCUCCUACAAGUGCCAAAAAGAAGGGAAAAUCCCCUGCAACGAGUGACUUGUUGGAUCUGGACGAUUGGGGUGCUACAACAUCUGAAGCUCCACCCACUUCUCUCGGCAGUGGUAAUAUGCUCACACCAUUGGCCACCGGACUAGAGGGACUCUCGCUGGAGGCAGUAAACAACAACACAAAGUUGGAGCUCCUGACUCCGCAGGUGGUGCCAGAUAGAUCCCACGAGCUAUUGAACCGUAUCACUGGCCAGGGGCUACAAGUGACCUACUGCUUCAGUCGUAAGGCCCACCUCUCAUCGGCCAAGAUGCUAGCCGUCAAGUUGACCUUCCAGAACACCUUGGAGACACCACUGGCGGCCAUUAGCAUUGGAGACACUAGACUAAUGGUUGGUAUGGCAAUCAAAACGGGUGGUGAGAUUGGUCAGCUGACUCCCAGUGCUAGCUCUGAGAUGACACUCGGAGUGGACUUCAAUGAUACUCUACAACCAGCCAAGUUUGAUAUCUGUGUUGGUCUGAAGAAGUUUCCAGUGAAGAUUGAGCCUCUAGUGGGGGAGCUGGUGAGACCUGUGAGGAUGACUGAGGACAAUUUCACCUCGCUACAGAGCACACUGAAGGGAAUGCACGAAACCUCAGGCAAGCUGACAUCUCCUAGUGAUGCUACAGCUGCUCGUACGGCCGUCAUGGAGGCAGCAAACGUUUCACAAGUGCCGUGUGUCGAUCCACAGAUGCUCAAGUUUGCCUCCGUUACUUUUGCCACUGGACUACCUGUCCUGGUUACCGUGCAACUGGGUUCAAAGGUCACCGUCAGCUCCGAGAAGAUGGUUAUCAACAGUAUGCUGUUAAAGACAAUCAAAGCAGCUGUAGAUAAUAGUUAGGAAAUAAUUAAUAAUAUAAUAUAUCCAAGGCUACUACGAGGAACCGUUUGUGUGUUAAUAUUAGGAAUGAUAGUUUGGCUGUAUUGCUGUUUGAUAUUUUGUGAAUCUACUUGCUCAAAGACAAAAUUAUUGCAAAUAAAGUCAUUUUUAAUGAUGA